GAUUUUUAGGUGUGUAUUUUUUUAAUGUCUAAAGGAAGUUACUACAUUUAAUAAAUACAUUUUUGAACUGAGUUUGGAUUAAAUGUACAUGGAAGUGAAACACAGUCUCGGGUAAAACAGGCUGUACAAAUUAGACUGUAAAGUUGUUCUAAGUUUAAUUAAAUCUGGGAUGUAUAUAAUACUCCUCCUCCAGUAUAAGUGUCUGUAGUAUUCAGUACUUUAAAGUGACUGUACUGCUGUUUUCAGCAUUUGUUUCUGACAGAAUCAAAGUUGUUUUCUUCUUUAUGAGGAAAUACUGAAAUUUGUUGCUUUUUUGACCCACUAUUCAGGCUGCAGAUCGCUAAACUACAAUACCACUUUAAUGAAAAACCUCCGUAACAAAAAAUAAUGCUCAAACACACAAAAGACCACUGUUCAUUUUUUCCCAGGAGAAUAAUAUUGAACAAUCCCAAAAAGAGGAAUGCUCUGUCUCUGUCCAUGCUGGAAUCGCUCAGAGAAAACCUCCUGACGGACGUCGACAGCGAGGAUCUCAGAGUUGUUGUCAUAUCAGCCAGAGGUCCAGUGUUUUCAUCUGGACACGACCUGAAGGAGCUGACGUCGGCUCAGGGCAGAGAAUAUCACACCAAGGUGUUUCACACCUGUGCAGAGGUAAUGACUCUGAUACAAGACAUACCUGUCCCAGUGAUCGCCAUGGUGAACGGUGUUGCCACGGCCGCCGGUUGCCAGCUUGUUGCCAGCUGUGACAUCGCCGUGGUGACGGAGAAGUCCACCUUCGCCACUCCGGGAGUCAAUGUGGGUUUGUUCUGCUCGACGCCGGCGGUGGCCAUCGGCAGAGCCGUGCCGAGGAAGGUUGCCAUGGAGAUGCUUUUCACAGGAACUCCCAUCUCCGCCCAUGAUGCUUUGCUGCACGGUCUGGUCAGUAAGGUGGUGCCGGAGGAACAGCUGGAGGAGGAGACGUUAGCCAUCGCUCAGCGGGUGUGUCAGGCGAGCCGACCUGUUGUCGCUCUCGGCAAGGCCACUUUCCAAAGACAAAUGGCUCAAGGUCGAGAUGCAGCGUACGCCACCGCCUCCAAGGUGAUGGUCGAUAACCUCGCUCUAAGAGACGGACAGGAGGGGAUCCGGGCCUUCAUAGAGAAACGCAAACCGGUGUGGAGCAAUAAAGCAGAGAAAGCCCACGACUGACGGACUGAAGAAGCCUUUAUCACAGGAGAGAGUGAUUAUCCUGACUGCUGCUUGUGGUUUUCAGUCACUGGUGUGGAAUAAUUAGCACCAGUCGAUGUUCAGUCUAUGCCAUGUUUAAACGUAGAUGUGUAAUUUGUCAGAUCAAGUUUGAAUUUUUGGCUUCAUCUUCAGUGAGGAUUUCCUCCUUUUCACUGAAACUGAAGACGAGCAGAUGAACCGUCGUGUGCCUUAAAAGCUGCAGUGUGGAGAUGAGAAGGAAACGUACCACCGAGAGGACUCGAGAUGUUUAAUGACAAAACGGACUAAUAAUGCUGCGCUCUGUAUUUGUAUAAUUGUAAAUGCAAUAAAAAGGGUUAUAAAUGGUAGGAGACAUUAGCA